AGGAACCAGAAUUUGGGUUUCAAUUUCUAUUUGAAUCUGACGCACUCCCAAUUUCCGUUGCGAUCUAGAGUUUCUGACAAACACCACCUGCAAGCUGAUAUGCUCCUUUAUAUAUUUUAUAAGCCAUUGUGGGACCGGCAUUUCACAUCCGCCGUAUGGGCAUCUUGUCAGACUGCAGUCGCAAAAGUCGCUCGCUCGGAAAUGUCCUAUAUCUCAGCACCACCACUGCUGCUCCUGCUGCUGCUGCUGUGGAUUGGACUGGCUGCCGUUUUUGCCCACUACAAUGUGGUGAUGGUCAUCUUUGAUGAUCUGCGACCGGCUCUGGGUGCUUAUGGCGAUAGUCGGGCUCGAACGCCACAUCUGGAUGAGUUUGCCCAGGGCAGCAGCAUCUUCAUGCGCGCCUACAGUCAGCAAGCGCUGUGCGCACCUAGCCGGAACUCACUGUUGACCGGACGACGGCCGGAUACUUUGCAUCUGUACGAUUUUUAUAGUUACUGGCGGAGUUUUGUGGGUAACUUUACCACACUGCCACAAUACUUCAAGGAGCAGGGCUACUACACGUAUAGCUGCGGCAAGGUCUUCCAUCCCGGUCUAUCGUCCAACAAUACCGAUGACUUUCCCCUGAGUUGGUCAGCUCCGACAUUUCAUCCCCGCACGGAACAGUAUAUGAACUCACCCGUCUGUCCGGAUCACAGUGGAGGAGUGCUGCGCAAGAAUUAUCUCAUUUGUCCGGUGCAUUUGCAAACACAGCCGUAUAAGACACUGCCGGAUAUUGAAUCCGUGGCGGAGGCAUUGCGUUUUCUGGAUUCACGGAAGAAAAAUCGCCAGCCUUAUUUUCUGGCCGUGGGUUUUCACAAGCCGCACAUUAAUUUCCGCUUUCCUCGACAAUUUCUCGACCGUUUUCCGCUCACUCACUUCUACAACUAUACGGCGGAUGCAGUGAAGCCACCGGGCAUGCCGGAUGUCGCCUGGAAUCCGUACACAGAUGUGCGGUCGCGGGACGACUUCAAGCACAGAAACAUAUCGUUUCCAUAUGGACCCAUUUCGGGGCAUCAGGCGGCACAGAUUCGACAGGCCUACUACGCCUCGGUGGCCUAUGUUGAUGAUCUCUUUGGCAAGCUGAUGGCCCAUUUGGAUCUGGAGCGCACAGUGGUUGCGGUGCUGGGCGAUCAUGGCUGGUCACUGGGCGAGCACGCCGAGUGGGCCAAGUACAGCAACUUUGAGGUGGCUCUACGGGUGCCUCUCAUCAUCCGCAGUCCGGAAUUUCGACUGGAGCAGCCACGUCAGAUGCACAGCAUCACGGAGCUGCUAGAUGUGUUUCCUACGCUUGUGGAUCUCGCACAUCUGCCACCGAUUCCCACUUGUAAUAGAAGCAACAGUGAACUGCAACAGUUGACCUGCUCCGAGGGAAAGAGUUUGUAUCCGCAGCUGCAGGGCACGGAUUUGGGGGAGGAGCACGUGGCACUGAGCCAGUAUCCGCGUCCAGGCAUGCUGCCCACAAAGCAUCCCAACAGCGACAAGCCCAAGCUGAGGAAUAUCAAGAUCAUGGGCUAUAGUCUCCGCACAAAUCUAUAUCGCUAUACGCUCUGGGUCCGAUUUCAUGCCAACAACUUUAGUCAAGACUGGCACAAUAUCUACGGUGAGGAGCUGUAUGAUCAUCGCUUGGAUUCCGGUGAGGAAUUCAAUCUGUCGGCGCUGCCAGAGUUCAAUAUAAUUCGUCAACAUUUGCGCCGACAACUUAUUGAAGCUGUGGGCUAAGAUACUCACCCGAGACAAAAUAGUUUUAAAAAGGCGAAUAAAAUUAAAUGAUUACCAGA